UCUUCCGGUUCUCAUUACCAUUCGCCAAAACAUUUCCAUAGACUAUAACAUGUGCUAUUCUCCCGAGUGAGCCGAGUGAAAGGCAGCUGCUUGACCAAUUUUGAAGAUACAGAUUUGUUCAAACUCCAUUGCAGCAAUGCCAAACUAUAACAUGUUCAAGUUCCAAUGGUUCGUUGCUUCCGACUGAGAGCUUCUUAUCUGUUGAAUGGAGAAGCGGCAGGAAAAUGGAAUAGGGCAUUCCUUUAAAUUCAACGACCGACCAAGUAGUGACGUUGUCGUUAGGUUGCGAACGCCUGAAGGUCGCGAUCAAUGGUUGUAUUGUCACUCCUCCAUUCUUGUCGAUAAAAGUAAGUAUUUUGCUGACCGUCUCUCCGACACUUGGCCAACCUGUCAGAUCCUCGAUGCACGCAGUUGUGUCGAGGUUCAUUGCCAAGAAUCCGACAUAAACUACAAUAUCACGCUUCUUCGUCUCCUCUACGUCGCUUCUGACAGCUUGAUUUCCGAAAGCUGGCAUGGAGUUCGUAACACCCUAGGCAUCCUUCAAGUAGCUGUUGAUCUGGGAUGCCCUCGAAUAGUUUCUUCUGCUGUGGAAUACAUAGAGGCUGUUCCUUGGGAAGAAGCCGAGGAGGAGGAAAUUUUACGAACCAUACCAGCCAUUGGGCCCAUAGCAAACCCGAUUCUUGCCCGCCUUCAACCGGUUGAUCAAGGUGCCAUUUGGAGGAUAUUUGUAUCCGCCAUUCGAUUCGCCACUUCAUCACCACCUUUGUCGCAAAGGGAUCUCAAAUUCUCGGUCCAAGAGCAGCUAGAAUAUAUGCUUGCCGAGGAUGAUGAUGCUCCCCUUGUUAAGUUGUGCGAUGAAGUAAAGCUCGAGGCUAGAGAAUGUAUAGAGAGACUGCUAACGAGAUUUAGUGCUCUUCUUGAAUCUUUAUCAAACGAGCGUGAAUCAACGAUUGAGGGUGAAGAGUUUGAGCUAGUAUAUGUAUAUGUAUCGGAUCUGUCAUGGGCGUGCCAGAUAUGUAGUAAACUCGAAAUAAUGAGGGAGAUGGUAAAAUCUUGGUCGGAGACUUCCGAUACAAUAGUCAAGCUUAUCGAGAAAGCAAGUUCCAAAACCGAUACCCUUAAGUUAAAGUUGAAGGUGAUCGAAGUAGUUGCAAAAGUUUUAGAAGCAAUAGGAUACGGAAAUGUAGUUUUGCCAACACCAAAGAGACUUGAAAUGGUGAAAGUAUGGCUUCCGUUUGCAAGAGUUACGAAGCCUAUGGUCGAUAUGACUACACCUGAUACCGAGGAAGAUAAUUCAAGGCCAAAAAUUGUUUGUGAGGUUUGGCAGACGUUGGAAUCUGCACUUGUUUCGAUCAUACUUGCUUUACCGGCUGGCGAUCAGGCAGAGAUUUUGACGGAAUGGUUGGAUAAUCAACAUAUAAUUUAUCCCGACUUAACCGAGGCGUUUGAGGUAUGGUGUCAUAGGUCUAAGGUUGCUAGAAAGAGACUAGCUUGUUUUGGUGCUUCACUUGUAUGAUCAUUCUCAUAUUGGAAUGUGCUUCACUUGAAGGAUCUUAUUUUUAUUAGAUUUUGAUGAUAUUUAGAUGUGAAGUCUAUGCAAAAGAAAGAUAAUUGUAAAUUGUUGUUUGUUAUUGAACUAUAAAAUAUAAUUUUGUAGUAAGUAUCAACUUUUGUAAUAAAAAGGUAGGAUCAGUGAAACAUAAUUCGCUAGUUGGUUCGUUUUUUAGAUUUACGUUUCGCUCAAAAUGGUUCAAAUAUAGCCUAAAAUCGACCACAAUUCGUGUUUUUCAAUUUGCGAUUCGCAGGGCGAUUAGCGAAUCAUGUGACGCUAGGUAGGAUUUGGGGAUUGAAUGUACGUAAUCUUAUCUUUGUUGUAUUCUUGUUAGUG